AUGGCGUUUACUGUCAUCUCCUAUUUCUGGUUAAUUUAUGGUGAACAGAUGACAGUUUUAGCCGGUUGCUCCCUUUUCUCCCUCGCUUUCAAGCACGUGGCUGCUAUAACCGUCGGUGUGGUGGCGGACCGCAUUGUCCGAGCCAUCGCCGAACUGAGUUCGGCGUCGGGAUGGAAGGGCUCGUGGGGUGGGGGGGUGUGCAAGUGGUGGACCUCUUGUUGGUUUGACGAGCUCUACGCACUGAUCGGAGCAGAUUGGCAAGCCUAUUCUCUAUUUGCACAAGGAGGGAAAAAUAUUCGUAGUGUUUUGGGUAGUUUUUCCCAACAAGUGGUAUCAAAGCUACUGGUUUGGGAGUGUGCUCGUCUGAAUCUUGUGUGA